ACUUCCUCCCUCGUGGCUUUUUCCUCCUCCUUUUUUUUUUCGCUGGAAGAGUCCUUGUCUAUCUUUCAGAGUUCUUAUAAGAGGAACGUCAUACUCUCUUUAUAAUGGCUGAUCCCCAAUUCGCGCUGGAAAUCAGCAAUCUGCUGGAGCAGAUCACUGCUCCGAACAGCGAGGUCAUCAAAGCUGCUUCCUCCAAACUGCAAAAGGAGUACUACGUCUCCGAGAAAUGUGUUCCUGCCCUCAUACAGAUUAUCCAGCAGAGCCCGUCUGUUCAACUACGGCAGCUUGCUGCAAUUGAAGCGCGCAAGCUCGUUCCGGCGUAUUGGGAUGAACUCGACGCCGGGCUCAAGGCUCAGAUCCGGAUGACGCUCUUCCAGUCCACGCUGCAGGAGCCGGUCUCUAUCGUCCGCCAUGCGUCUUCGCGAGUGAUUUCCGAGAUUGCAAAGUGCGAUUUACCGAAUAACGAGUGGGUGGAGCUGCCUUCGUACGUGCAGAAAGCUGCUACCUCGUCGGCUGCGAACGAGCGCGAGGUCGGCGUGUACCUCUUAUACUCGCUGCUCGAGUCCAUGGACCCGACCUUCACCGAGAAGAUUGGCGACUUUCUGACGCUCUUUUCGCAAACUAUUAAUGAUCCCGAAAGUCAGACCGUUCGGACGGAUACGCUGCUGGCGCUGGGCAAGAUUGCCGAAAUCAUCGACACAAACAGCGAGCAUGUUGCCGUCUUCCGGCAAUUUCUUCCCAGCAUGGUUAACGUGCUCAAGCAGCUUAUCGAGGCUGGCGACACGAAAGCGCUUAACCAGGCAUUUGAUGUCUUCCAAACCCUGCUGUGGAUCGAGUCUGGUGUUAUUGGCAAGAGCUUGGGUGACCUUAUGCAGUUCAUGCUCGAACUUGCUAAAGAGCCCAGUGCAGACAGUGAAGCCCGCAUCUUGGCUUUGCAGUUCCUGACAAACGCCGUCAGAUUCAAGAGAAUGAAGAUCCAGGGUCUGAGAAUCGGACCUACUCUGACGAGCACUGCGAUGUCAAUCGCUGCUGAGUCGAUGGACGAGAUUGAUGAGGACGCCGAGGAAGAUAGCGUGCCCAGACUGGCGCUCCGAUUUAUCGACAUGAUGUCUUCUACUCUUCCUCCGUCGCAGGUGAUGAACACCCUCCUCUCCGAAAUCCCCAAAUACUUGUCCUCCCCCAACCCCAACUACAGAAGAGCCGGUCUGCUCGCGCUCAGUGUCGCAGCCGAAGGCUCACCAGAGUUCCUGGCCACCCAAUUGAAGUUCGUCCUGCCUGUUAUCCUCCAGGGUCUCCAGGACAGUGUUCUUGAAGUCCGAGGCGCCGCCUUGAGCGCGCUUGCUCAGCUCGCUGAGGAACUCCAGGAGAGCAUCAGUAAGGAGCACGAGACGCUGCUGCCGCUCGUCUUCAACAUGAUGGAUACUUCCGAUCUCAAGGUCGGCAAGGCCGCGUGCACUGCUUUGGAUGCGAUGGUUGAGACAAUGGAGAAGGAUGUGAUUUCGAAAUACCUAGACACCUUGAUGACCCGUCUGAUUGAGCUUCUCCACCAGCCUGCUUCCGACAUUUCAAUCAAGGGCCCGAUUAUCGCUGCCAUCGGCUCAGCCGCUCACGCAUCGCAGGAGAACUUCCUGCCUUACUUCAACACCACCGUUCAUGCUCUCGAGCCCUUCUUGGCUUUGACCGAGGGCGAAGCCGAGCUUGACGUCAAGGGCAUGGCUUUCGACGCCAUGUCCUCGAUGGCGACCGCCGUCGGUAAAGAGGCGUUCAACCCGUUUGCCUCGGCGCUUGUCGAAACCGCCUACCAAUGCUUCAGCUCAAAGCACAGCCGGCUGCGCGAGUGCGUCUAUCUGUUCUUUGGCUGUCUCGCCAAGAUCUACGGCGAGGAGUUUGGUUCUUUCCUGCCUCGCAUCAUGCCAGAGCUAUUCAAGGUGCUGGAGCAGGAGGAGACUGGGUUUGAAGAGAAUGACGAUGUCGAGGUCGGUGACGUCGAUGAAGCGGACUGGAACAACAUCACCAUCAACAGCGCGCUCGCGAUCGAGAAAGAAAUCGCCAUUGAUGUGUUGGGUGAUUUUGCCGCGGGAACAAAGACGGCUUUUCUGCCGUACAUGGAAGAGGCUUCACAGCUCAUGCUGGGCUUGGUCUCCCAUUUCUACGAGGGUAUCAGAAAGGCUGCUAUCGGGUCUCUGUGGCAGACCGUCGGGGUUGUGUAUAACAUCUCGAACCCGCCAAAGUGGCAGCCUGGGUUGCCGGUGAAGGUGCCUGUUGCUGAGUCUGUUACCACCUAUUCUGAGAUGGUGAUGAAGGCUACUCUCGAGGCCUUUGAUGAGGAAGACGAUCGUUCGGUGGCUACCGUUAUCUGCGACAACUUUUGCGAAAUCAUCCGUCUGUGUGGUCCCGCGAUUGUCGGAAACAACACCGAGGCGAUCUGCACGCAAGUCCUUGCCGUUCUCAAGAAGCAGCACCAGUGCCAGACGAUGGAGGACGACCCGGAAGACGAAGAAUACGAGGACUCGGCUGAGUACGAUGUCAUGCUGAUCGAGUCGGCUAUGGACUGCGUCGUGUCGCUUGCUGCUGCUCUCGGCGGAGAUUUCACAGAGUACUUCCGCACUUUCUUCCCGAUCCUGCAAAAAUUCUGCUCGAGCUCGAGUGUCGGCGAGCGCAAGGCCGGCGUCGGCGCGCUCGCAGAGAUCGUCAACGGUCUCAAGGGCGCAGUCACACCCUGGACCACGCAGCUCCUAAAGACAUUCACCCACCGUCUAUCAGACGAAUCGAUCGACGUCCGCAGCAACGCCGUCUACGGCUACGGCAUGCUCGCAGAGUACAGCCAGUCCUCGCAAGAGAUCACGGCGACAUACACCAAGACCUUCCAGCGCCUGCAGCAGCUCCUCGUGUCCGACGCCGAGAGCGCGCGCUGCAUCGCAAACAUCUGCGGCUGCGUUGCGCGCAUGUGCUCUGCGCACCCGGAGAGCGCGCCGAUCGACGCGAUCCUGCCGCCGUUGGUCUACAAGCUCCCGCUCACCGACGGCUUUGAGGAAAACGACCCGAUCUUCCGGCUGAUUGUCCAGUUAUACCAGGGCCAGAACGCGACCGUGCAGUCGCUCACGGGCGAGAUCCUCAAGGCGCUCGAGGUUGUCUUUGCUAAUGACUCCGAGGAGUCGAAGCAGUUUGAGCACGACGCUACGCGCAACGACGUUGUCCAGCUGCUCAAAUACAUCUACAGCACAAACCCGUCUUCGAUCCCCGCAGACUCUAUCCUCGCAAAGACAGUCCAGGGAUAAACAGAAGACGAGCCUGCGCUAAAGGUCUGCGCAAAGAUAAAUGAAGAGAAAAAAAGUUUGAUUUAUUAUAUGGAAGGCAUUUAAAAUUCGGGGUUUUCUGUUUCUUUGAUUUGGUUUUUCACACAUGCUGUUCGAUGUUGUUUCGUUAAGGUUAUAUCGAUCUUUUUUUGCUUUGUUGAUUAUUUUAGCUCGUAUUGUUGUCCAUUUAAAGCUAUGUUAGGCGCAUGCGGUAUCGAAUAACUUUAUUCACACUAUGGUGUUCAGAUUCUUGAUUCAAGACUAAUUAUACACACUACAUCCCCAACU